UCACCGAGCCUGUGGCUUUGCAAGGUUACUCUCUUCCUCCUUUGUACCUCUUCACACAUUACUGGAACUUUGCAGCAUUAAGUAUUGAUGAUGCAAGACGCUCUGCUGCGAGUGGUUGUCGUGGCUCUUGGUCUCAUUCUGUGUCCGAGGGAUGACCCUGGAUUGCAGGAGGAAUGGGAUGAUAUCGUCACAGUGGGUCUGCAAAAGCACAAACAGAAGCUGUCAUGGGGAGCAGAGAACCUGGGGGAGGAAAUGGCACCUGUCAGAGAGAAAAUUGCACAAACUGAUGACAAAGGGCCUCUGAAUAAGAUGGAAAGUGUUGCAAACGAACAAAAUCCAUCUCACCUUCAUGUUUCUGACAAACAUACAAUGUCAGCUGAAGAAGAUGUGACUGUCUCCAAACCGGAAGAGGAACAUUUGACAUCAAAGUCUGAUUUAAGUCAGCCACAAAAAUCCAGAAGUGAACCGGAGAUUUCUCUGAUGACUUCACAAACUGAACACGAGCAACAGGAAAACCUGCUGUUGGACAUUAGGACUAAACAGGGAGAAGACAUUAAGACUGGUGCCUCUUUUAGAGACCCAGUCCCACCACAAGGUCAACAAGACAAGCCUGACAAGACAGAAGUGUCUCUGUCAGAGGUCCACACCCAGAUGUCUGAAAACGAAACCUCAGAGAAGGCGAUGCCUGACUGGCAGGAGGAUUACCUCUGGUACAUAUGGAAUACAUUCUCCAUUAUUUCCAUCAUUCGCUUCUUCAGGAAAUACCUGAGAAAAAACUCAAUGACACAAAAUGAAUCCAGUACUUUCUCUGCGCCGUGCAUCACUGGUGAAGUGCCACUGCCCGACAGCAACACGCUGCAGUAUUUUCACUCUGAAUAUGUUCAAGCCUCAUCCAAGAACAAGUGGAGGGAGGGAGAGUUUUUAGAGGGGUUUGCAAAUAUCAUGGUGGAGGCCAUGAGGGUGGUCUGUGAGAGGGAUGGAGGCUUGGUGAUUGAGGACUGUCAGUUGUUGGAUUCACGGGAUAUAAUUGUUCCCUUAGCUCCAUCUGAGCCGUAUGGUUUUCAGUGCCUGCUCCUGAAUCACCAGGUGAGUGACCUGCUGCCAGAGAUGCAAGUCUGUGGUCAAAUAAAACUGGUAGAGAAUAAGAAAAUCCAAAAUGACUGCCCCUGCCACUCCUCUGGUGCAGAUGAUAUGGUUUGCCUGCUGCAUUGUGAGAAUGAGAAAGUAGAGAGAAAAACUACUGAUGUUUGUGAGCACCCGCUUUGCUUGAAGAACACCCCUUUCCUGUCAAAAUCUCUGGUUACCAGAUGGUUCCAGAGCACAAUCAAACAAGCAUGGGCUCAGAUUUCACACAAGUAUGAUUUUGAACUCAGCAUUCGCUACAUUGAAGCUCCAGGUGCUCUGGUUGUUAGAUUCAGAUCAGGGAAAAAGCUCUGCUUCAGUAUGAAUCCUGUUGUUAAAUUCAACACUGAUGCUCAUUUUUACAUUACACAUUACUCCCCAAGCAAUUUGGACACAGUGUGGACACUCUCCCUGACACUCUAUGAAGACCAUCUCUUACAAUGCCUCUCCAAACAGCUGCCUGAAAACUCAUGCCACAUUCAAACUCUGGAAAUUGCACAUUUCCUUCACAAGAGACAGACUGCCUUGUCAGGAGGUUGUGCACUCAAGGAUUUUCAUUUCAAAACUGUGCUUUUUCAUAUGCUUCUGACCAAAGACCCAUCACAGUGGAAACCAAGCCAUGUGGCUUCCAGGCUACAAGACCUGUUGCACUACAUGGAGGAAAGCCUGGAGAAAAAGCUUCUGCACCAUGUCAUCAUUGGAAACCCAGCAACUCAGAAGAUUAUGCAGCUUCCUGCAGAGUUCACCCAAGUAAAGCCAGUAAAUCUCUUCUAUCCCCUUGUGGUACAAAACUGCAUCUACAGAAAUACUGUGAUGCAUUUUCAGGAAAUGCUUAGAAACACACACAUGCUGAUCAAUGAUUAUGUUGGUGUGUUUACAGGACAGUCUGAGAGAAACCCAGUUCUAAAGACUUAAGUGUACAGUUGAAAUU